CGGUCUUCCUUUUCUCUCUAAAAAAAAGAAAAACAAAAAAUUGAGAAUGGAUUUAGAGACUGUGAAGAGGUAUCUGGAAAAAGGAGAAGGCGAAAACGCAUCGAAAAUCGAUGAAAUGCCUCGAAGAUUCUUCGAGCCCUUCGUACUUGAAGGGCUACGUGUCGAUCUCAUCGAACCUGGACGGAUCAUCUGCUCCAUGAAUGUGCCUCAACGUUUACUGAACAGUGGCAAUUUUUUGCACGGUGGGGCCACGGCAACUCUGGUGGAUUUGGUGGGUUCGGCUGUUAUUUACACUGUUGGAGCUCCGUUGACCGGCGUUUCUGUGGAGAUCAACGUCUCUUACUUGGAUGCUGCUUAUGCUGAUGAGGAAAUUGAGAUAGAGGCAAAGAUUUUACGUGUUGGGAAGGCCAUUGGAGUAGUCAGCGUUGAGUUGAGGAAGAAGAAGACGGGGAAAAUUAUUGCUCAGGGACGCCAUACUAAAUACCUUGCUGUCUCUAGCAGAAUGUGAAGCGCCUGUUUAUCUGUAUAUCAUAUGAAGGUGUUGCUUGGGAAUUGCCUCACCCUUGUGUAAUGUAUCCGAACUUGGUGUAUUUGCUAAUAAAUGUCCUUAUGGUAUGAUUCAUAGAAAUCACCAAUGCAACCAUGUGAAGUCUUGAUUAUGGAUUAUGAUAAGACACAUACUUGUGGAAUGUCUUACCUGACCUAAAUAGCUUCUUCUGGCUUCAUCAGUUUGAGCAGCGGCAAAAACACUUGAAUUGCUGGGUUAUUCCCCUCAUAUAGUGUUUUCUGUGGAAGAAAAAGCCAUUUGAUCA